UCCUUGUCCUAUGAAUAGAGCUCAACUAACAUGUCUGCAGGUACCGGGAAACUUUCGAUCCUCAGAUGGCUGUUAUGCUUCCCUGACCUUGAAGCAGACAAAUAAUUUAAUAAGUUAAAAUUACCCUUCAGCAAGAGAAAUGGGUUGGUUAAAAUAAUACCUUUUGUGUCGGGAAAGAAUUUUAUUCUUGCGUCAUGGUAAUGAGUGGGAGGAAGGACGAGAUUGUUGAACUACUGGAGCCUGAGACGGAAGACGAAUCUGUAAAUAUUGACAAGAACGUGACAGACAGAAUUCCAAACAAUGAUACAGGAUGUUGCUCAGGAACAGAUAAACAACUUCUCGUUUCAAAAUUAUUCUAUUUAUUUUUCUUUUCGGCUUUCGGUUGUGUGGCUCCGUACUUAGCGUUAUACUUCAAACAGAUAUUCAUCUCGCCUCGUCAACUUGGGAUUAUCGUAUCAGUUCGUUCCUUCGUUCAGUUUAUAUUUGCGCCUAUAUUAAGCGCUUUAGCCGAGCGCUACAAUAAACGACUUCUAGUAAUACUUGUUGCUGUUCUGGCUUAUACUGCAUGUUAUUUGACAAUACCAUUUAUUCCGUCUGACGAGAAACCUCCGGCAUGUCAAACGAAGACAAUACCAAAACAAGAUGGCGUCGACAUUCCGUUAAACACGAGUGCUCCGUUGUCUUCAUUUUCCAAACUGAAUGAGAUAUCCAUGUCUGUAAAUCCACCCAGAGGCGACGAAGAAGAGGAUUAUUACUAUUUACCAUGGUCAUUGUUUUAUGCACCUCCAGUGGACAAAAAGAAAUUAGAAAGGAAUCACAAAUCUGUUAAACUCUCGGUGACUGACGUAAAUAAACAUUUGUCGGAUACGUCGCCUCUGUAUCUUUCUAUUCUUCUGGCUGUUACAAUAGGUUAUAUAUUUGGCUCUCCAGCUCAAACACUGGCUGAUAUCGCUACCCUGCAGUCACUAGGUGCUGGCCGCUCACAUGAGUAUGGAAGACAAGCACUUUUUGGGUCUGUCGGUUAUGGACUUGUGUCAUUUAUUGUUGGAGCUUCCGUGAGCGAACUGAAGAUUAAGAAUCCUUGUAGCGGUUCUAUGGACACGAACUUCUUGCCUUGUUUUAUAUGCUUUGGGGUUCUUAUGGUCAUGUGCUUUUUUGUAUCAACAUGUUUUCGUUUUCGUGUCCGCGAAGAGGAAGAAUCAAAAAAGGUUCCCAGCGAUGGAAAGAAAAGGAACGAGAUAACAUUCGAUUCCAUUGUGUUUAUUUUUGUAGUAUUUUUCUGUGGAAGUGCCUCCGGAUUCAUUGGAACAUUCUUGCUUUGGCACAUUCAUGAAUUGGGCGGUCCUCAGCUAUUGUUUAGUUUUGUUAGCCUGUUCAAUUCAUCGGCAGAGGUCCUCAUAUACCAUAUCUCCCAUCGGCUCGUGACUGCCCUUGGCUAUUGCCGCGUCAUAUACUUGGGUCUAAUAUGUUAUGGAAUUCGUUUCUUUUAUUACUCUUAUUGUGAAAGACCUUGGCUAUUCCUACCUAUCGAGUUAACUCACGGAAUCACGUCUGCGGCCGUUUGGUCAGCGUUUGUGUAUUACGUCAGCAAUGAUUCAGGGAACCCCACGACACUUCAGGGCGUUGUCAGUGGAGUGUAUGGUGGACUGGGUUACGCUGCAGGGGGGUUGGUUGGGGGGAUUUUGGUUCACGAGUUGGGGACAAGUGCAGCAUUUCUUAUGUUUGGCGAAGCGUGCUUGGUUGUCUUAUGCUUGUUUAUUGUAACUAAUAUAAUUAUGGAAAAAAGAUCAAAAGAAACUGUUAGCUCUUCAGACGAAAGCGAAACUGAAAAAGAAAAAAAAGAAAACGUAAAUUAAUAUGAAAUGCCGACAACAUAGAUAAUGAAAUUAGAUAUCAUGCAGAUGCACAAUUUUUAUAUACACUGCCAUGCAGUGCUUUUAUAAAUCAUAGGUAGGAUAUAGCAUUAUAAUUAACAUAAAUGUUUCUAAAAAGGUGUAC